GCCCACAAUUACUCACUUUUUGUGAUUCAUGCGCACGCCCGUAACGAAGUUGGUAACCGUUGACGAACGAAAAAUUAGUGCGUCAGCUGUCUCGCCUCCAGCCCUAACACUAUUUUAAAUCAGCUAUAGGACACAUAUGACAACAUGAGCAAAAAACGAGCUUCGCCCCCUAAAUUCAAAGUAGAUCAAACAGACGACACCGACAAACCACAGCAGAAUGCGGUUAGAACAGCCACUCCACGAAAACAGAAUCCACUUACAAAUACGAAGGAAAUCGAGCCAGAUCUCAUACGACAGACUAGUAUGCCACCGCUAACGCCCCCGCCUACUUCAAUUACUAAUCAGUUACCGACAUCAUCGGCUAGCCACCGAUCGCAAUCCGUAUCUACAGUGCCAGAAGGCAGUCUGAGUCCGCAGAACGGCCAUGUUAGUGAUGAUGGCACAGUGCCUUCGGCGUAUGUGAGGAAAGGGUCGAGCCUGGCGGGUGUCGUACGAGAAAAGGCUCCGUUCCUUCAUCCUCCAGGACAUCAGGGGUCGUUCAAUAGCGAAAACUUUGGAGGCGAGUACUCAACAUUGGGAUCGACGAGGUCCAUCUACGUCAUCUACACAGGCGGUACUCUGGGCAUGACCUAUGGGGCAGACGGCUCGUUGCGCCCAGAACCACACUUUUUGACUCAGAAGAUACAGUCGUUGCCCGAGUUCCGGUCUCAUCAGAUGCCACAAAUUGUCAUAAACGAAUGGGACGUCAUUAAAGAUUCAUCUGAUAUGGGUUUUCAAGAGGCAGCGAAGUUGGCGGAGGAGAUUCAAGCAAACUAUGAUUCGUACGAUGGGUUUGUCGUACUGCACGGCACUGACACCAUGGCCUAUACCGCAAGUACCCUGUCCUUCAUGCUAGAGAACCUCGGAAAGCCAGUGAUAGUCACAGGGUCAUCCAUUCCGCUGUGUGAGAUUUACAAUGACGCCAGAAGGAACGUGAUUGUGAGCUUCAUGUAUGCCUCAUCGUCUGACUUAUGCGAAGUUUGCGUAUUCUUCAACAAUGUUCUGUUGAGAGGCAAUCGGUGCAGUAAGGUGUCAGUCCGCGAGCUCAACGCGUUCUGGUCAAAUAAUUUUCCACCAUUGGGUAAACUGGGUGUGCAUAUGACGCUGACCAAAGAUCUUCUGAGAGAGCCACCCAAGGGGCAUUUCAAAGUACACAAGGAAUUCGAUGAAAAUAUAAUACAAUUUAAUCUGCUCCCGGGAAUCAAGGCUGGACUGGUCCAUAACAUGAUACAGCCGCCCGUGAAAGGCAUAAUUAUGCACACUUUUGGAGCUGGGAAUGGACCAAGUGAUCCGAGCUUGUGGGAAGUGCUUAAAAAGGCAUCUGAUCGUGGAGUGUACAUCUACAUUCUGACACAGUGUAUAAGAGGGUACGUGACGUUUGGGGAGUAUGCGGCAGGACAGGGGGUAUCAGCAUGUGGUGGUAUUUCAGGGUAUGAUAUCACUGUGGAGUCGGCCUUUGCGAAAAUGGGAUGCAUUCUGGGUAGGAAUCUGCCAAGUGAUGUAACGAGAGAGCUAUUGGCAUCAGAUUUGCGUGGAGAGAUGACUGUGGAUAUUUCAUCAGAUCAUGUGCCGAUGGGGCUUUAGGUUCGUAUCUGUAUUCUACAUCGAGAAUAAAGUGAUUAUAUCGUCUGAAA